AUGACGCACGAUAGAUUGGAUAUAGUUGUGGUUGGUGGCGGAAUUGCUGGUUUAUCAGCAGCCAUUUCUAUCGCAUUAAAUGGCCACAACGCAAUUGUCUUAGAAGCCGCAAAGGAAGUUAAAGAAGUGGGUGCAGGUAUCCAAAUCUCCAGUAAUUCAACAAAAAUCUUGAAAAGAUGGGGCAUUUGGGAUACCUUAGAGCCGAAGGCUAACAUCCCACUCUUCACUGAUUUCAGACAUUAUAAAACAAAUGAAAUUUACUCGGUAGCAGAUCAUACUUUGAUGGCUGAGCUCUAUGGAGGCCCAUUCGGGAAUCUUCACAGAGCUACAUUACAUCAGCUGUUGUUGGAUAAAGCUUUGUCUCUUGGUGUAGUUGUGCAACCCAACUCACGGGUACAUAGCAUUAAUUUUGACGAACCGUCAGUAACACUCGAGAAUCAAAUUGUGGUUAGAGGUGAUUUUAUUGUUGGUGCAGACGGUUACAAGUCAAAGUGCUCGGAAAAUUUUAGGGGAGCUCAUGAUAAGCCAAAGUUUUCAGGGGAUAUGGCAUACCGGAUUAUUGUCGAUUUUGACGACGUUAGUCAAGAUGUGCUCUUGGAGGAUAUAGCAAACGACAACUGUAUCCACUACUGGAUGGGCCCAGAUACUCACUUUGUAUCUUAUGCCUGCGACAAUAAUAGAUAUUAUAACGUUGUUAUCCUCACCAAGUGUGACCGAGAACCAGAUUUCGGGACGUCAUCAAGUGAAGCUGACUUACAGGAGAUGUGCGCCAAAUUCAAAGAUUGGCAUCCACUUCUUCAACAAAUGUUAACAAAGGUGAAAGCAACCUCUACUUGGCAAUUGUGGAUGAGGGAUACGGCAUCUGAAUGGUCCCAUGCUAACGGACAAUUUACCUUAGCGGGAGAUGCUGCUCAUGUAACUGUCCCAUAUAUAGGUCAAGGAGCCGGAAUGGGCAUUGAGGACGGGUGUGUUAUAGGUGAGGCGCUUGGCAGAAUCAAAUCAAAAAAGGACUUGGCAACGGCAGUUCAAGCGUACGACAAAGUCAGAAUCGAAAGAUGCGCCAGAAUUGUUCAGAUGAGCAGAGACAUGGGUGUCAUAAUGCACUUGCAGGAUGGUCCAGCAGCCGAGAGCAGAAACGAGAUUAUGAAGUUGCCCUUUCCUCUCAAAGGUGACCCAAAUCUCUGGAGAGACCCUUCCAAUGCAGAGUGGCUAUAUGGUUUCGAUCCCUUCAAGGCAACGGAAGAAGCAUUCAAUAACUGCAGUCAUAAUCUGUAA